GACAACUUCAGUUCGAUAUGUUUUUAUCCCUGAUAUACAUAGACAUAGUGAAUUAGUGAAACAUAGUUAAUAUUAAGUGUCGUUCGUGGUUAAUAAGUAAAAAUCUAAAAAUAAAGGCAAAAGAGAAGUAUUAAAAAUGGCCACCCAAGAAUCACAGGUUAUGAGUUUACCACUGCCACCGACGCAGUACAUCAAUCUUUUUUCUGAGGAAAACAUAAGGAGAAAUCGUACGCCUCGACCUCCACCUCCAAUGCAGGAUUCUUAUAGCAUGUUUGGAAUACAGUACAAUAAUGAAGAAAUGAUUCGAUCGUUGGAAUCUCAAAAUAUAAAACGUCUCAUACCUAUACAUUUCGACCGUCGGAAGGAAUUGAAAAAACUCAAUCAUUCAUUAUUUGUAAAUUUUUUAGAUCUUAUUGAUCUCUUGAUUCAAUACCCCGACAGCCCACGAAGAACCGAAAAGAUCGAUGACUUGAGCCUCCUGUUUGUUCACAUGCACCAUUUGCUGAAUGAAUUUCGACCUCAUCAGGCACGUGAAACCUUGCGAGUAAUGAUGGAGAUGCAGAAGCGACAGCGUGUAGAGACUACAACAAGGUUUAAAAAGCAUUUGGAACGAGUAAGAGAAAUAGUUAACACAGCAUUUGCGGUAUUACCCGAAAUACGUGACGACGAAUUUGAUAACACCGACAAGGUUAAAAUGGAAAUAGAUACACAAGAGAGUAAUGCCAAUAAUCGUAGUGAUCAGUUGGAUCGCAUUAUGUGCAAAAUUGUUGACGGGAUGGAUUAGCCAUUAGAAUAUUUUAUAGAAAUAUUUUUAUAUUUUAAUAUAUAAUAUUUAAUUCGCACACGUAAUGGAAAUGAAACUAGAUUUUAAGGUGAACGUGACAAAACUCCUCCAAGUGCUUCUUCAUAUGUGCAGUUUAUUUUGUGUGCCCAUUAAAAUGAAUAAAUUUUUUAGUUCUUUAGUUUUGUAUCUAUAAUAGGUUAAAUGCAGUUAAAAAGUACACAUCUUCUUCUUCUUAAUUGGCGUAGACACCGCUUACGCGAUUACUUUGAUUACAUCCGUGUAAAUGGGGUAUAUGCGGAUAGGGGAGCUUCUCGAGAGGAGGAAUAUCGAAAAAUGAUAUGAAAAUAACUUAUAUUUUUAAAAAUAUUCACGAUUAAAGGUUCAAAAAUUUGCACUAAUAGCACAUGGUA